AUGGCAGCCACAUACCGGCUGGUAGCCAGCAGCGCACGGUCGCAGGGGUUCACCGGCGGGUUGGGCGGCGGUGGCGACCUGCAGCUCAGCACGUCUGCCCCCUUGAGGAUUGGCCGCGCGCUGGACAACGACGUGCGGCUGCCGCCAGACUGGAUCCAGAUCUCCUCCAAGCACUGCACCAUCUCGUAUGUGCCAGACCAGGAUGCGUGGAAGGUCCUGGAUUCUUCCACCAACGGCACCUUCCUGAACGGCCAGAGGAUCGGCAAGGGCAACGAGGCGGUGGCGCGGGCGGGCGACCGCAUCCAGCUGUCGGUGGUGGACCCCAAGGCGCCUGAGAACCACAUGGAGUAUGUGCUGCGCCGGUUUGACAGCUCCCCCGAGGCCGCCACCAGCGCGGUGCAGCCCAGCCCCGCGGCUGUCGCCGCCGCCGCGGCGCUCACCCCAAAGCGCAAGCCCGGCGAGCUCAGCGCCAACGGCGGCGCGGGGCUCACCACCAAGCGCAGCAAGACCACCCCCAGCAACACAGCUGGUGCUCCCGGUGGCACCACCCCCGCCACGCGCGCCCCGCCCGCCUCACCCGCUGUUGUGGCUGGCAACGGGGCUGGCGCCAAGCAGGCAACCGCCAGCGGUGGCGGCGGCGCUGGCGACAUCCAGGCUCUCUUCCAUAUGAAGGAGUACAACCAGCCCCGGCGCACUCGCCUCCUGUCCUCCCUCUUCUGCUCACACCACUCGUAUCCCGAGCGGCUGCCGCAGAAGCUUCUGCGGCAGGUGGAUGAGCUGAAGCAGAAGAACGAAGAGGUGGCCAAGCAGCUGAAGCACGCGGAGGCUGCCAGGCGCGAGCAGGCGGCGGCGGCGGCCAAGGCGCAUGACCAGGCGACCCAGGCUCACGGCGAUGUGCGGCGCAUGGAGGCGGAGCUGGUGUCUCUGCGCCAGAGCGAGAUGCGGCUGAAGCUGGAUGUGGAGGCGGCCAACAGGAGCGCCGGGGUGGCGGCCGAGGAGGCCAACCGCGCCGCAGAGGAGGCCCAGGCGGAGCGUGCGGGGCGUGAGGAGGCCGCGGCGCGCGCCGCGGCGCUGGAGGAGGAGCUCGCGGCGGCGCAGGAGGCGCAGGAGGCGGCGGCGGGGGAGGCGGCGGCGGCCAGGGCGGAGGUGGAGGGGCUGCAGAGCGGGGUGCAGGCUGCAGAGCAGCGCGGCGUCGCGCUGGCGGCCCAGCUGGAGGCGGCACAGGCCACGCUGCAGGAGAAGCAGGAGCAGCUGGAUGGAUGGGUGGAGCACCUGCAGCUUGAGCUGGGUACAGAGCGGGAUGCCAGGCUGGCAGUGGAGGGCCAGCUGGCAGAGGCGCAGGCGGCGGAGGAGGAGGCGCGGCGCUACAUCAAUUCGCUCGAGUCGCGCGAGCGCCUGCUGCAGGCAAGCCCCGGCUCGCCCUGCUGCCUUGGAGGCCAAAGUAACGACCGGCUCCUGGUGGAUGGCUGCCUGGUGGAGCUGCAGCGCGGCAACCAGCGCAGUCAGGCCGCCAACAAGCGCAUCACCCAAGCCUUUGCCGAACUGCAGCAGGCCAAGGCGGAGGCCGACGCCAUCAUGGAGCAGCAGUGCCAGCAGUGCAGCGACAUCUGCGCCCAGCUGGCCGCCUCCAACGGCAGCCGCCUGCCGGGGCCGUCGCCGGGCUCCGCCCAGCUGGGGCUGCUGGCGGGCACGCAGGAGGUGGUACCGCACGGCAUGCUGAGCCCCGCCUGGGCGGCGCCCCAUACCGUGCCCGCGGCGGCGCAGCAGGCCACGCCGCUGGUUGCGGUGGCGGAGCAGGAGGAGGAGGCGGUGGCGUCGCCGCCGCUGCAGCAGGAGGAGCGGCAGACUGCUGCUGGCGAGGAGGAGGGGGCAGCGGCUGCUGGCGAGGCGGGGCCGGAUGCUGCUGGCGAUGAGCAGAUGGCUGAUGAGUUUGAGGCGGCAGAGGGGGAGCCGGUUGAUGGUGCAGCGGUGGAGGAGGCUGAGGCGGCAGAGGCGGCGCAGCAGGAGGAGCUGGAGCUGGAGCAACUGGAUGAUGAGAUGGAGGAUGUGGAGGAUGAGGGGGACGCCCUGCAGGCAGCGGCACAGGCAGGCGGCACCGCACCCGCUGCCGAGGGGCAGCCGGAUGCGGCGGCGGCGCAGCAGGCGCCUGGCAGCGGGGCUGCGUCCACGCCUGCUCCUGGGGUGCCAGCCCCCUGGGCGGGUGGGCCGGAGGAGCUGGUGGUUGAGGAUUCGGAAGACCAAGGGCAGGCGGCGCGCAAGGCGGCGGCGGGCACCGAGACGAUGUCAGAGGCAGAGGAGGAGGUGGUGGAGGAGGAGGGAGAUGCUGCCUACGGCGGAGCCACGGAUGCGGAGGAUGAGGGGCCGGCAGCGGCAGCGGCGGCGGCGGCGGGCCCAGCUGUGGAGGGGGCCGGGCUGUACAGCGGCAGCACCCUGCCGGCGCCAGGCAGCGGUGCGCUGGCGGCGCAGGAGGCGGGCGGUGGCGGCAGCGAUGGGGAGACCCAGCCGCAGGACCCCGGCAGGGAGGACUUCAUUGACCUGCUGGCUGAUGAGGAGGGCGGGGAGGAGGGCGAGCCGCAGCAGGAGCAGGCGGCGGAGGAGGAGGUAGAGGAGGCCGCAGAAGCUGCCGGCGAGGAGCAGGGCGAGGGCGAGGGCGGGACUGAGGAGGAGAGUGAAGAGGAGGCGGAGGAGGUGGUGGAGGCUGCUGCCAGGGACCAGGAGAACGAGGCCAGCCAAGGCAACGUGGCAGGCACCCAGGACGACAGCGCGGCGCGGUCGCUGCCCAGCAAGGUGCCAGAGAGCGAGCCGCAGAAGCAGGAUGGCGGCGCUGAAGCGCCGCCCGGCACUGGCGGCUGGUUCUGA